GCUUUUUCAAGUUAGCGUCGUUGUGAUAUGCUUAAGGUAUUACAUAAUGUUUACAAGCACUAUAUUGAAGGAAAAAACGUUCUUUUUAUUUAAAUGGCUUUCAUUGAAGGUGUUAGGACAGUUAUUUAACCCAAAGUUUUUGUAUCCAAUUAUUGAAUGUGACGAAGUAAUCAAUUGUUUUUCAUCAUAUAAUAAAAUAUUAUGGUAGGGAAUAUGGGAAAUCAACCAAUCUUUUGUUGAUGGACUGUCAUCUUUUGAGCUUUACGCGGGUGUUCAUCGAAUUAUUGAUUUAAAAGUGCCUUCACAAGGCUUUUCUAGUUUACUUGAUGAACUGACACAUUUUUCAGGUGGUCGACAAUUGAUACUGGAUCCAGCUGUACUAGAAUCAUAUUCACAUGAAUUAAUGCAAAUGACAAAAGAUACCAAACCUAUUUAUUGCAAAAGUGAAGUUUUACAAGGUCCUUACAUCGUCCAACCCACUGAUUUGAUAUAUCCAAAUUCUGGAUUACAAAAUGAGGAUAGUUCACAGUCUGUUAAUCAAUUAAAUCUAAUUUGGUUAGCAUCACAUAUUGCUUUAAUUGAAAUGAUUUUACGAACUUACUUGUUGAACACAAUUACACCAGUGACAUUGAUUGAUGCACUAAGCAUUAUUACUGGAUGUAAUUUGAAAGAGCAUUCAAUAAAAGGACUUCAAGGUGCUGAUGGUGCAUUAUUUUGGUUAGUUACAGUAGCUGCUAGAACAGUUACAAUUUUAGGCAUAAAUGAUUGCACAGAAUGGCUGACUCAUCAUUUGACUGGUAAAGAGAAUUUGAAAAAAGAACAAUCUGAAUCUUCUUGUGAUUCGACGUAUACAAUAAAUACAGACUCUUUGAAAGAGUCAGCGGAUAAAUUCCUCAGAGGAUUAGCAAUGGCCAAUCUUGUUGCAUUAACCUUCCAUUUCUAUUGUCCUGAACUAGCACCAGCUGAAGAUUUUUUAUUUAAUUUUCCGUCAACUGGAGAAAUGGAACCAGCAGCUUCACAUCAUAAUGCUCGUGCAAUUGCUUUAAUAUGCCAAAAGAAUAUAGAUUUAUACAAUGUUUUAUUUCUGAUGCCAGAUUCAUGUAAUGGAAAUAUAAUUCGUUUAAAUGAUUCAGGUUCAACAACAUUGAAUACAUUAAAUUUAUUAGGAUUUUGUUCACAAGGUUUGGCUAGAUCACCAACACAUAGACGUUUACAACAUGCAGCAAUGGCGGGUGAACUUUUUGUUUGGUUUACAUCACGUCUACCAAAUCGUGAAAUAAAUUCAAUUAUACCGUCUACAAUAAAUUACACAAGGCAUAUGUAUGAAAAUACCCAACAGUUUCAAGAGGGAUUCACUGGGUCGAAGUGUAAGACAAGUGAUACUGAUGAUAAUCAAAUCAAUAUGAUACCAUUAGAUGAAGUAAAUGAUGAUAGUAAUUCAGCUUCUGGUAGAGGAACUUAUCGACUUGAUGAAACUUUCAAUGAACAUCAAAGACAAGUGGAACAAUCAAAAAAACAAAAUCUACAGACAAGUUAUUUCAUUCGAUCAAAAACUAUACGUUUAAACAAGAAUCUGUCAGAUGUUGAAAAAUUGAACAGUAAACUUGAAGGGCUUUCAACUAAACAAUUAAUAAAUUCAAAAACUGGUGGUAUAUAUUUUCCUGUUGAUUCAACUGAUACACCAAAAAAUGAAGAGAAUGAACAAGGUAAUGAAGAAAAUGAAGACGAAUCACAAAAUGCACCGACAAAAUGGAAUCCUUUAGAAGCAUUAUUUAAGCCUAAUGUGCUUAAUGAAUCAAGUGAAGUAUUUAUGAACAUCCCAUCUACCGAAAAUCAUGUAGCUGAGACGGAAUGUACUGAUCAUCGUAGUUCGGAAGUAAUGUCAUAUUAUCCAGUGGUUGACUAUCAGUUUCCAAACACAACUCAGGGUAAUAUAUUGAACUGUAAACUAACAAAUGUUGAUACUGCUCAUGUAACGACUACAAAAAAAUCCCAAUAUUUUAAAGAAAAUCCUGUUACAGAAGAAGCACAGGAGCCUUACAGUUCACCGAAAAUCGAUUCCAAAUCUUUUAGACAUAGUAGAUCAUUGUCACAUAAUAGAAUGAUGCCUACUUACUCAUCAUCUCAGCAUAAAUUGCAAAGAUAUGAAGAUUUUAAUCCUUCUAGAAAAUCACGUUAUCAAAUUUCCCAUUCCAGAAAACACCCAAUUGACCAUCAUGAUAAAAACAGUCGGUUUUUUAAAUGGCGUCAUAGACCUUCCAGAAAAAAGAACAAUUUUACACCUGACAACAUCGAUGGUUAUUCAGAUUCUGAUCUAAAUACUGUAUAUUAUAAUAGGAACAAUAUAGAAUAUUCAUCAACUGACUGUUCCAGCAGUUCAGAGCAAAGUCCUGAAGUUCUUGGUGAAGGAAUAUAUUCGAAUUAUUCAGGCCAAAAACGACACGAUCAUUGUCCAACUUUUGUUCAUAAUGCAGACUCAAGAAGAACUUUAACACAAAAUGAACGAAGAAAAUUGUAUAAUCGUGAAAGAAGUAAGCGAAGACAAAGAAAUGUUCCAGCAACUGUCAAUCAACCAUACUUUUAUGGCUCUCAUCCUGUUCAACAACAAGUUCACUGUUUUUAUCCUUACGAAACUGCAAACCAGAAGGUAUAUACCGAUAUACACUGCCUACCUUACGCUCCAGUACAACCAACUUGGAUUCGUCCUCCAUUAAUAACAAAUACUUUAAAUCCUUAUCCGUUUUAUGCAACCAAUCAGCCGACAUUUGUGGGAUCACCAUCAGUUACAGUUGUACCCCGAUUACAUAGUACAAGUCCUCUGUCAUUUUCGCAUCCAAAUAAUGCUGAUCAGCUCUUAGUAUAUAAUUUGAAUGAACAAAAUGUAAUAGUACCAGAGUCAAAUAAUCCUAAUGUACACAUAAUCACAGAAGCAGUAGUAUCAACCGAAUCAAUCAAUUUGCAAACGGAAGAUUGCUCACCUGUACCAAAUCAAAAUCAGCUUGAAUCUAGAUCAUAUCCAGUUCCACAACAUGAAAUCAUAUCUAAUCAAAAUUUUGAAUCAAAUUCUGUUACAUUAAAUAAUUCUCCAACAAUUCAAGUACCUGUAUAUUAUUCUCAGGCUGAAUCAUUUUUUAUUCCGUUUGAAACUGAUUCAUCAAAUGUAUCAAGUACAUUUCACCAUAAGCAUAAUUCAAAAUUUAAAUCGAAAAAUAAAUCUGUAACAAAUCAGAAGUUAAUAGAAAACUUUACUGAACUGAAACAUUCGGAUGCUUUUGAUAAUGAUGUUAAUAAUUUAGAUGGUAUGAGUUUGGAACCAAUCAAUGUAGUAAUAUCAACCGCACAAUUGGAAAAUUAUCAAUUAUCAGGUUCUAACAGAAUCACAUCAAGUUCUGAUACUAUGGAACAGUCAAAAAAUAACAUUCAUAUAACUCCUGAUCAGUAUGUAAAUAAUUGUAAAUCUAAACAAUCCGAAAAACAAAUACAAGAAUCUAUUCGUCCAAGAAAAGAUAGUAUUUUACCAACUUAUUUAGAGAAACGAUCCAUGAAAGCAUAUAAAAAGGAAAUAAAUAGUUCAGAGAAUUCUAGAUUAUCUUCGGGAAAAUCACAAAUAACUUCAAAUAUGAAAGAAAAUUCGUCUAAAAUCAAUGAAAAUGUUGUAAAUACAACUAAAGUAAUAAUUCCUAUUCAUCAAAGAAGAACUGCUAGUGUCUCACGAACAAUAGGAGUCGUUAAGCCUAAUUUUAAUGGGGGACAAAGAAGACAUACACAAGAUGAAUUGUCUUUAUUAGAUAUUAAAUCAGAAAGUCACAUUAUUGAAACUGGAUCUUCUAGUGAUUUGAAAUUAUUUGUUCAACUACAAACAAAAUCAAAUCGUCGAGCUAUUUCAAAUGCAUUGAACUAUUGUUGUUUAGCAGGACCGGUAAACGAAACAAUGAAAAGAACUGCACUUGAAGCUCUUGGAUGUUCAGAUGGUAAACAUUUCAUAAUUCUUUUAAAAAGUCAAUGUCAGUACGGUGGAUUAUAUAAUUAUUUACCAGUUAUUGAAAAAGCGAUUCGUAUUAGUGGAACAGGACCUAGUAAAAUUGAAAAUGAUAUGGUUGAUAAAUACUAUAAGUUAGUUGAUUAGAUUAUAAAUUUCUAUAAUUGUCCUACGGUUUAUUUGCAUUUGAUCACUUUCAAAUCGUAAUUGCACAAUUUCAUUUAUUUGGUUGUUUUUAAAUACCAGUAAAUUUCAUGUGACUAGUGUUUAAUCCAUUCAGCUUUCAAUUAACAGACUACAAGCUCACACACGUUUUAAUUUGAACAGUUUUAUACCAUCACUCCCCUUUACAUAAUCACUGUAAUUCAAGGCUGAAUAUUCGGCUGUACAUAAAUUUGAUUUUCAAGUUAGAUAACUGAUACUAUCUAGUUAAAUAUCAUAACUUCCGUCAUCCAUAAUAUAUACGGACACAACUGCAUUUGGUUUUCAUUAUGGAAUGGUAAACCACUAAGAACCACGAGAUAAUGACUGGAGCCCUCAUCCUAAUUUGGGAGCUCGUAGGGGCGUUCCUUUAAACUCCACACAACACGGUAUCUACUAAUAUAUUGUGAUCUGUGGUCUAUUCAUUAUAUUAUGUAACUAUCAUUUACUACCAUUGAUGGCAUCUGUAUGGCUUUCAAUAUGGCUGGACUAAACGAAGUUUCACCAGCAUUUUGUAAAUUUAUUUGAAAGUCAUUGUUGAGAUUUGGGUUCCCGGAAAUUAUUAAAUUGCUUUAUAAAAAUUAUUAAUUAUUGUACAAUCGUUCAGCGUACACAAGUUCUCGAUGGUUCCCCAAUUAAUAUCAUGCUUAUAUUAUACCAAUAAUAAUGAAUCUAGUAUUAUUUUACUGCCUUCGUCAAUUGAUUGGUAGGCUACUUCGAUUCCUAUGUCCCCAAACUUCCAAUCAAAACGCUAACAGAUUAAAUGAGUGAUUACCAGUACGAACGUUAUUUACAGUCACGACUCACAUUCUUAUGUAGAUAAAUUACAAGAUCACAACGGAUAGUUAACAGCAGUCCUCAAUAGGUACACCGCUAGAACAUUCGUGAUACAAAUCUGAGUAAUUACUGUACGGUUUACUGUCAUUAAUGGAUUGACAAAAGACUUUCCAAUCGUUAAUGAAUUGAAUGAAAGCUUACAAUUAAGAUAAUACGAAAAUGCCAUGAACCAAUUACUUAGUAAAUACGCAGAAAAUAUGUAGGUUAAUUUCCGUAAAAAUUGUUUCCCGACUCUUAUAAUCGCCUUUUCACGUUUCUUCUUAACAAGUUAAAGAAAAAAAUUACUUUGAUAGUUUUUUUUAACUAUUUGUAUCUCUUUAUGUCCACUUAAGAUAUGAUAGUGGAUUGAAAAGAUUUGUUGAAAUCAAUUCCACAUCACAUAUGUCAACUAUUAUCGAUGCAAUACAACUACAUGGACGAUCACGUAACUAUUCUACAAAAUCGUAUGCAGCACAAACAACAAAUUCAGCUAAAUGUCCUCUACAUGCAAAAUAAAAACUUUUAAAGUAAAAAUCAAAUUAAUUUAUAAAAAGUGCAUUCCUUUACAUUACAUCACUUGUUUCGGUCACUAUCUCGUAAAUAAAUACAUGUUAUUGCACUGCCAAAUAAACCAAACAAACAGACAAACACGUAACGUUGAAGAAAUACAAAUAAAUAACAAAUAUGAAGUGUUUCAGCUUUAUUUAGAUUUAUUUUUCUUUAUGUCAAUAUUUUUCCUCAGUAAAAUAUUGAAGCAAUCAGAAUUGUUGUCUGUAAAUUUAAAAUGUAAUUUUGUUUAAUUAUAGAAUGAAAAUUCAUGGAUUAUAAUCAUGAAUAUUAAGUUAACAUGAUGCCUCCGAGUAGCUUGAAGAAAACGUUUAGCAAUAUUCAUUCAUAUAAUGUAGUUGUAAACA